AUGGUGAUCGAGAAACUCGCAGUGCAUUUCGACGUGGAGUUUGCAGAGCUGAAGGCGCAGUGGAGACCUCAUAUCAAAGCGGUGUUGCCGGACCUGAUUGGGCUUUGUGCUACUGGGUGUGCGACUACAAGCGACGCGGAGCCGUCGGAAGGUGACGAAGACGAGGAGGAAGCGCUGGAUCUGCGACCAAAGAGGACGCGCAGCGUGCAAAAGCGCCAUGCAGUGGUGGACGAGGAAGACGAGGACGGUGAAGUCGGUGAUAGUGAGACCAGUGAAGGCCAUGCAGUAGCGCUCCCGCGAGGUGGUAGCAGCGACGACGUUGAAGAUGACGAAGGAGACGGUGGGGCUUCUGCUGGAAAAAGACGGCCGGCGACCGCGAAGCUGCCGGACCCUGCAGGCCUCGCUCUCUUGAAAGAAUUAGGUCGCGCAGCGGGCGUUCUCAAUCCACGAGUGUACAAGAUGCUAAAGGACGCUGCAUCAACUACAGAGGCAGAAGAGGUAUUGCGUGACCGGUUGCUCGAUGCCGGCGUUUCUUUUGUUGGCUUGUACCCUUCGAGUCGAGACAUUAGCGCGGCGAAGAGGAAGAAAGAGAAGGAGCGAGAGUUGGAGGGCAUCGAUACCAGUCUGAUUAUAGGGGACCGACGAUCGCGUCGUGCAGCAUCGCAACGCACUUCGUACAGCAAAGAGCGCAUCAGCAGUGAUAAAGAAGCAGAAAAGGAGGGCGAUGAACUGGACAACGACGACAAGGAAAGUACUCGUGAUGACGACUCUGCUACUUGUGUCUCAGACGCGUCUGACACGACGUUUUGA